CUUAUAAGUUCCAUUUCUUCUGCAGUGGCCUAUAAGCUUUAGGAAACAUAUAUAAAAUGGCAGCUAAAAUCCUCCUCUUUGCUCUUCUUUUAGUCGCUUCUCCGUUUGCAUUCGCUUCCGAUCCUAGUCCUCUCCAAGAUUUUUGUGUCGCCGAUGAGAUGUCUCGUGUGUUUGUUAAUGGGUUCGUGUGCAAAGAUCCAAAACUGGCGAAAACUGAGGAUUUCCUCUUCUCCGGCCUAGACAAGCCCGGAAACACAUCCAACAAGUUCGGAUCGAAAGUGACCUUAAUCGACGCAAGCAAGAUUCCCGGUCUCAACACCCUAGGCGUCGCGAUGGCUCGUCUUGAUGUUGAACCUAACGGCCUCAACCCGCCACACAUUCACCCACGCGCCACCGAGAUCUUGACUGUGAUAGAAGGCUCCCUUUAUGUUGGAUUCGUCACGUCGAACCCUGAGAAUAAGCUCUUUUCUAAGGUCCUUAACAAGGGCGAUGUGUUCGUGUUCCCCAAAGGUUUGAUUCAUUUUGAAUUCAACUAUGGUCCAACCAGGGCAGUCGGCCUCGCUUCCCUGGGUAGCCAGAAUCCGGGUCUCAUUAGGAUUGGCGAAUCGGUCUUCGGUUCAAACCCUUCCAUUUCUGAUGAUAUUCUUGCUAAGGCCUUUCAGGUGGACAAGAAAACCAUAGAUUGGAUUCAGGCUCAGUUCACGUCGACCAAUUGAAACUAAGAUAUAUACUAGAUGUAAUUUACUUUUGAUGUUUUGUUUUUCCAAUUAUCGCAUGUAAUCUGCUUUUGUUAUUAAUGUCUGUGGAUUUAUUCAUUUGACUGUAUUAAUUGGAUUGAAUAAGCAAACAUAUGA